AUGUCUGUGUUCUAUUAUCAGCUGCCAACUUUUGCCUUAAUUCUGCCAAUGCGAUUCAGUACGGCUUUGUUGGUAGACGUUGCUUUCGACAUCGGUGCUUCGGCGAUCUCCGAGUACAAGGCGUUGUGGGAUAGCUUCGUCGACGAGCGCAACCUCGUGGCGUCAGACACUGCGAAUCGGGCGUGGCACACGGCGCAGGCGUGGGUGAUGGCGGAGGCCGAGCUCGCCAUCAUCAACUCCACGAUCGUCACCAUCGUCGUGGCAGCAGUGAGGACUCGCAAAGACCUGACCGAGACCCAGAAAGCAGCACUCGAUGAGGUCAUGAAAGAUGAAGCCGAGGUCGGGAAAGAAGUCCUCAUUUCAUAUCGGGACAGCCCACCAGAGAUGAAGCGCAAGAGUCUCAUUGACUUCACCAGAUUUGAGAGGGUCUUUGGGCGCCGCAACAGCGGGGAGGUUCCCAUGACGGAGUGCGCCUUCUCGAAGCACUGUGAGAACACAUUGGGGCUCACGGACGAAGAGAUGACUGAGUGGUGGAAGGAGCCGCAGGAUGAUAUCAGCAAUCGAUCGGAGAAAGAGAACUUCGUGGAGAACAGACUCGUCGAGGGCAGCGGCGACAUCAAGGCUCCGAACAGCAGCCCAUUAAAGCCGACUAAGCGCUUUUAA